AUGGGACGUUAUAAAAUAUAUUGUCGUCGUGAGCAUGCCACUAACGGUCGAGCCAUUGGACAAAUCCACUUGAAAACUCACCAACAAUACGAAUCAGAGGAUGAUCUUCAAGGACUCGAAGGUACUAACAACGACGAGUAUCGUGUUCGUCCCGUCUUUGGAUUCGUCGACCCGGCUGGAAACGCAAGCAUCGAAGUGACAUGA